UGGCAAGGUGUGGCUGCCUCUCCGCUCCGACCAUCGUGGGCACUUGACAAGUUCCAAGCCUGCUGUGUGCCAGGGCCACUGUGGCUUGUUCAAGACGACUGAAAUAUCGUUCGUGGGGGGCUGCUACCGUGUGGAAUUAUCGAGUGACUGAUGAGACACCGAGAGAUAUCGGUUUGGAGUGCAAUUGACCCGGGGGUAUGCGGUUGAAUAUUAAUCCCAGGGGUUUAAGAGCCACCGAGUGACUGACAAUUGUCAAUUUUUUAAUUGUCAACGAGGGAAGAACGCGUUAUCACAAGAUUCGCGAUGUGGGAGACUAAAGUGAAGUGACGGAGCAACAGUGGCACUGAGUGACUGCCGGUUUUAAGUGAAAAGUGAGAAUGCGGGAUAAAUAAUAAACAGGGAACACAGAAUUGGGCGAGCGACUGGGCCGUUACGCGCAGCAUCCCUCCAUGAGCGAUCAGUGGGUACCAUGAGAGAGAGCGAGAGAGGAGGCGGUCAAUUUUUUUAUCACCGGAAGAGGAACAGCGGCGCGAGGAGGGAUGAUAAGAGCCAAGUGUUGAUACUGGCAAAUUUGUUCACGGGGUUUUAAUCGAGGGUGCGACAGUGCCGGGGAAUUUGCUGGAUCAACAGUAUUUUUAAUCAACGCUGAGGUUGUGAUAGCGAGUAAAUACGCUGGGUGGAUCAAUAAUGGGGAGCUGGGACUCUCGCGGAGUCGGUUGGCUCCAGUGGAUCUCGUUGUUUAUGAUGUUGAGAGGUUAAUUGUCGUGAAGUGAUCGGGGGCUUUGGGCUUGGGCCGUUGAUUAGUGAGCGAUCAGGUGAUUCUGGGGUUUAUGCGACGGGGAAUAAGGCACAAUGCCGGGGGAGGGUAUGAGUGAGGAGGGCUUUGUGAGGGCCGAGUGGCUGUUCAGGGAGUUGAGGGCUCAGGGGGGACCUGAGAGGUUACUCAUACUCGAUUGCAGAGGACAUUUGGACUUUUUAGAGGCUCAUGUCAGGGGCUCGGUGCCACUGGCCAUACCCAGCAUCAUGCUGAGGCGUCUUGCUGCUGGCAAAGUUGACUUAUUAGCGACAAUAAGGUGCAUUGAGCUCAGGAACAGGGUCGAGGCGUUUUUGUAUGGGGACGACGAUAAUCGGGGGACGUUCAUACUCGUUGGGGACAACACUGAUCCAGCUGGACAUCAGGGGGAGACUAUUCAGGUGCUCAGCAGGCGACUGAGGAACUGCGGCGGCUGCGUUGCGACACUCAUCGGAGGCUUUGGGGCAUUCCGAGACCGAUAUCCAGAGUGGUGCGAGGGUAGUCAGGCCAACACUGAAGGACAAACCGGUCAGGAUACGAAUGUUGGGGAACUAAUGGGAUUGCGAUCGUUGAGGAUUUCCACACCUCCCACGAGAGCCUAUUCGGACAGUGACAGCGACAGUACUUGUGAUUCUGUUGUAGGCCCAGAUGAGGAUAAAGACUUCCCUGUGGAAAUUCUACCACAUCUAUAUCUCGGCAAUGCAGCAAACAGUGAAGAUCACGAGGCUCUGGCACGCCAUCGGAUACAGUACAUACUUAAUGUAACGCCAGACCUGCCAAAUGUAUUUGAGAGCGCGGGUGCUAUAAAAUACAUGCAGAUACCCAUCAGCGAUCACUGGAGUCAGAAUUUGGCGAGCUUCUUUCCGCAGGCUAUUCAAUUCAUUGAGGAAGCCCGAAACUCGGACAAGGGUAUACUAGUCCAUUGUUUAGCCGGUGUAUCCCGAUCUGUCACCAUAACAAUAGCAUAUCUCAUGCACAAAUGCAAUUUGAGUCUGAACGAUGCGUUUAAUCUAGUACGAAGUAGAAAAUCCAAUGUCGCUCCGAAUUUCCACUUCAUGGAGCAAUUGCACAGCUUCGAGCGUGAGCUGAGGGAUCGUGACGAUCGUAAACGGAAUAAUCAACGAUGCAUUGGGGCUUGCCAACCCAAUGGGCCGUGCAAUUGUCCAGCGCCGAGUUUCCUGAGUCCACUCGAUCUGGGCCUCAGUCCUGACUCGGGAAUUGAGUUCGAUAGAUGGGCAGCCAGUACACCAGCUGAAUGAGACGGGCCUGGAGGGACCCAAUACAAAUUUUAGGUCCCUCCUCCCUAGUUUUCGUUAAUUUUUCAUGUGUAGAGUUGACACAGGAAAUGCCAGUACUAAUGUUAAUCAUUUUACAUGUUUGGUGGGAGCGGUUCGCAGGUCGAACAGUUCGAUAUAGACCGGUACUUUUGAAUUUGAAGUUGUGUAUGUGUGGAUGCGAGUGUAAGUGUGUGUGUGCGUGAGUGAAAAUGUGAACUUGGUAGAUUUUUCAAUGUAGAUCUACUGCAAAUCUUCGAUUUUUUGUAUGUUUUUUGAGGAAAUCUUUUUCCAAUAUUGCUUCCAUCAAUAGAUUCGAAGAUUUGAGAAUGUCUGAGGGACAGCUCCAUUGACGAAAUAGAUUUUGAUUUUUUUUUCAAGGAAAGAGAGGACAAUUUUAAUAAUUGGUUGCGACUUAUACAGUUCACUGAAAUGAAAUACAUUUUUUAAAGUCACACUUUCCAUUCUAUUGCUUUUGCAUUUCUAUUUUUAAUGCUGUGUUUCUACUCGAUGAAAGGGAUUUAAUUUGAAGCAGAUAUUCAUGAUUUUUUAUUAGCUAUUAGUUAUUGCUGAAAAAACAACGUGAUAGGUAAUGGUCUGAAGAACCGAUUAAACUCAAGAAAAGUGAGCUCAAAUGGAAAGAGUGAUUUGAAAUAUCCAGAAUUUGUUAUUUAACGUUUAAGGACGUCAGUAAUUAGUAAUUAAUAUUGAUCAUAUCUAUUACUUUAGCGUUCUUUUCAAGCUACACUUUCCAUUCGAUUGCUUUUGCAGUGCUAUUUUUAAUAUUGUGUUAUCACAUGAAAAAAAGUAUGAAAUUUCAAGGAAAAAGUCAUUUUUUAUUAGUGUAGAGGCCAUUCAGGCAAAAUGGACACUUUUAACUUCUUUUGAAAUGUUGAUAACUCGUUGAACUGUGAAAGUACAAUUUUUCCCCUCUGUGAUGAGACUAGAGUGAGUUUUAUUUAUGAAUUUGUUUCUGAGUUAUGAACAUUGAAGAAGAAAUCCAUUCUGCCCGCUCUGCACUAUUUAUAUGAAAAAAUUGGUAGCCACUGUUCCAAUAAACAAAUUUAAAGAAGAAAACUGAAAUGUGAAAAAUGUGAUUCGUAUGAAAAGUGUGAUUCGCAACAAUAUUUGUGAACAUUUCCAGUAAUAUUCAACAAUUGUUGCCGGAAAAAUGUAAUUUUUCAAAUCCAAUACGAACUAUUUUAUAGAAGAAAAAACUAGAAUUUCAUCUUUCUAUACAACUUCAAUAUUGAGCCAUUCUCUUUAGGAAUUCCUUAUCCUGAAUUUUCCAAGUACUUUCCACUUUAUUUUAAUUCUUUUUUCGUUGAAAAAAGGCGAACAAACAAA